GCAACGCCGAUUGUUAUCAUUUUUUUCAAAUAGUCGAGCAGGAAGUAUUGUUGAAGCCGCAAAGGGCAGAACUGAUCAAACAUACGCUAAAAUGUCUCUUAUUUCGGUCUUUUUCGGGUUCGUUCUAAUCAUCGAAUGCGGUGAAGUCAUGGGAAGCAUGACAGAUUUCAUACUUGUUGCUGACCGAGGUAAUAGAGCCAUCUACAAGGUUAACCCUACAUCAGGGUCAAAGGAAACACUUCCCUUUGGUCCUUUGCCAAAUCCUGUCGCCCUGGACUAUGACAAAACUUCCGGUUACCUUUACUGGACCGACGUGUCGGGUCACAAAAUAAUGAGGGCUUAUCUAAACGGAACGGGUCUGGAACCUAUAGUCACUAUGAACGCCAUCGUUCCAGAUGGUUUGGCCCUUGACAUUCCAGGCGGAAACGUUUAUUGGACAGAUACACGCCGCAAUGCAAUAUCCGUGGCAAGAAUGGACGGCCAAUACCUCAGAAACCUUAUCACAUCACAGCUUGAUGAACCUCGGGCAAUCGUACUCGAUCCACCAAAUGGGUACAUGUAUUGGACAGAUUGGGGCGCUCAUGCCAAGAUAGAGCGAGCUGGAAUGGACGGGACUGGGAGAACAACUUUAGUCAACACGGGGCUAAGAUAUCCAAACGGACUUGCUAUUGAUUUCACAGACCAGCGCCUGUACUGGUGUGACGCAGGAACGGAUAAAAUCGAGAGCUCGGACUUGAAUGGCAAUGAUCGACGGGAAUUCAUUCAUCAACCGGGAACACAUUUCUUUGGUCUGGCGAUAGAUGAUAUGCACGUUUAUGGGACGUCUUGGUUUAAUUCCUAUAUAUAUAAAUAUUCUAAGACAAGUGCGGGACCACAGUUGAUAGGUUCAGGAUUUUCAGAUCCGUCUGGCAUCUCUCUAGUGACAUCAGGAAGCAAUCCAUGGAUUUUUAACGCCUGCACGGACCGGAAUGGGGGCUGUCAGCAGUUGUGCCUAGCUCGCCCCGGAGGCAGGACGUGCUCAUGCCAGAUCGGAUGGAGGCUUCAAUCUGAUAACGUCACAUGUGAAUAUCUGCAACCAGAUUGCAGCGUCACUACGACAGGAAUAACAGUUGUGCUGAACUGCGAACUGCAAGGCGUCAAUACUGCUGUCGAUCUUGUCUGGACAUAUUGGAAUGACGUGCAGGUUGGGUCGUCACAACAAUCAGUCAACCGGGUGAACGCACCUGUAACAACGGCUGGUACAAGCUACACCUGUACUGCGACCGGCGAUGCGCUGGGAACACCGCGGAGCUGCAACGUAACGCUCAACACCCCAACAGUGGCAGUAUCCCCAAAGCCAUUCUCCACAGUACUUGCAGGAACAGCGAGGCACAGUCUCAACUGUACAAUAGAUUCAUCAGGUUUCCCGGCAGCGUCUACGCUUACCUGGACCGGUCCAGCUGUGACGACAGGUAGUACGACAGGUGGGACCCUGGCCACGCCCAAUUUGACCAUUAGAAAUGUCCGGAAGACUGAUGCUGGAAACUACACGUGCCAGGCCACAAACCUGAUAGGUACAGGCACGGAUACACUCGGAAUGGUGGUACAAUACCCACCAUUGUUGACAGUAAGUGCACAUCCAAACCCUGUGAACGAGACCCAGCCCGUCAAUCUGACCUGCAUAGCAGACAGUAACCCUGACGUCACCUCCAUGACGUGGAUUUAUGUAGAUUCAAGUGAAACUUUGGUGCACCAGACAACAACAGGGAACUCCCUCUCCUAUUGGAACAAUUCUGUGACCUAUAGGAAUGCAGGUGUCUACAGAUGUACAGCUGAAAAUGGUGCCGUUGGGUCACCCAUAAGCGUGGAGCUUACCCUCAACGUUAACUUUCGCCCGAUCUUCAACAAUACAAUGGAAAAGUAUAAUGUACCAAGAUUACACGCCGUCACACUGGAGUGCAGUGCCUUCGGCUACCCACCAGAGAUAGACUUCAGUUGGACAAAGGAUGGAGCAGAUAUCACUGAUAAGACCACCAGCCAGUAUGGAAUCAGUGCGUUGAACAUAGCAAGUGUACAGGUAGAAAACUAUGGGGACUACAUCUGUACUGCCAGCAACGCUCAUGGACAACACACCACUGUUAUUCAACUUGUGGCUGAAACUGCUGGCGAAAGCUCAUCCACGAUCAUCACCAUCGUAGCAGCAGUGGCCGGUGUUGUGGUGCUGAUAGCUGUCAUUGUUGCUGUCAUAUUUUUCGUGAGACGAACAGCAAACCGCGGUAAACCACCACAGAAUGCUGCUAACAGCCUGGAGUUGCAAGCUGUGCAAAACAAUGCAGAUGACGGAUACCAAAGUCUCGUGGUUCCAGAUAGACGACGGUCUGAACAUACAUAUCAGGGACUAGAGGCAUGCUAUGACAAUAAGAUAGAUCCGGACACGACACAUGAAAAUGUAACAAAAUCGAUGGACUUCCCCCUGAGUCAGCUGGUCCUAAAAGAAAAGGUUGGGCACGGAGAGUUUGGAGAUGUUUACAAGGCUGAAGCGUGGAACAUUUCCGGGCAACCUGGUACAACUGCUGUGGCCGUUAAGACAUUGAGAGGCUAUGCUGACUUCAUCAAGGAACUAGAAGUGCUGAAGCUACUUGAGAGUCACCCAAAUGUCGUUACGUUUCUUGGAUGCUGCAAAGACUCAGAGCCGCUCUACCUUCUGCUUGAGUAUGUGUCCGGUGGAAGCCUACUGUCGAACCUCCGGACCAGCCGUAGUCAACAAACUUAUGAGAACUUACACGGCGGCAGCAAGUCCCUAUCGUCACGUGACCUCACCAAGUUUGCCUGGGACGUGGCCAAUGGGAUGAGCUUCCUGUCAACGAAGAAGAUCAUCCCCGUGACCUGGCACUAGGAACGUCCUGGUUUCUGCAGAUAAAGCGUGUAAGGUGUCAGACUUCGGCUUCUCUCGUGAGGGGGAUGAGUACGAGAGAACUACUAAGACCCGCCUGCCAGUGCGUUGGAUGGCACCCGAAUCGCUGUUCCACCGAAAGUACACCUCCAAGACUGACGUGUGGUCGUUCGGAGUGCUGCUUUGGGAGAUCGUCACCCUCGGAGCCACGCCCUAUCCAGGAAUGUCCAAACAUGACGUAAUGGACAGUGUGCAGCAAGGCUACAGGAUGAGGAAACCGCCGCACUGUGAUAGCAGCCUCUACAGCCUCAUGCUGAGUUGCUGGAAUGAUCAUCCUGACCAGAGGCCUGAGUUCCAGAACAUCGAGGAGACUCUGCGAACACUGAUGCAAAGGGAACAGGACUACAUCAAUCUGUCCCGCCUGGAUGAGGAUAAAUACACAAGCCUCCGGACUGUUACAGACGAGAAGUACUAGCUUCACUUCGAGAUCGCAUUGUUAGUGCUGUCAGCUUGGUAUUCUCACUGUGUAUAACGGCAACAUUGUAACUUAAGAUUAAGAAAGGCCAUGUUGAUUUGAUUAUUUGGAUGACAUCCGUGCCAGCAUCAUAUCAAUUUUCGGCCGUUUAUCCCCUAAAAAAAGAAGAAGUUUUAAACCAUGCUGUGCUGUAAGUAGGGUGCCAAGUCAAAGACGCCAAGUCAAUUCCAAAAUAAAAGAAUAAGAACACAAAAAAGGUACUGUUCUGUAAAACAAAGGCUGUGUGUUGAGUUGUUUGUUUAGCCCUCCUGGCCACUUAUAUUUUCAAGUUAUCCUUUUUAUGGCAAAACUUUUUUUAUUCGCUCGCUCGCAUCAGUUUUGGGGAUCCCAGAGGAUUUCAUCCAUAUAAUUAAAUCAACAUAGCCCAAGAUAGAAGACAAAUACACACUAUACAACAAAAUAAGAGAUUUCAUUUUCAAUUGUGUACAAGAUAAUUUCCCAACUUUUCGCUAGCUAAAAUUGCACUUCUUACGCAUUUAGAUAUAGACUCUAUAUUUUAUCUCCCUCUGUCCCUACAUUUAUAGCUGUCAUCAGAAGCGAGAAUAGGUUGAACUUGUACAUACAUGUACUAGUAUACAUCAGACUUUGUAUAUGUAGUAAUAUACCACAUACGAAUAUCGCUAACUGCACCAUAGUUAUCACCUUGACCUGCACUUAGCUCGUAUAAACGUGCAAUAAAGUUUUUUGUUCAUCCA